AUGCCUCUUAUCAACGAAUCCCAUGAUUCCCUUCCUUACAUCGAACCGGAGCCUUCUACCCAGGCGCGAGCAGCUGCAGAAAAGCUAAUCGCUGCGGAACUCCCGUUGGAGUCUCGGACCACCAUUCAUUCGUCCAUUCCGGCCUUUCCUGAGACAAGGCUAUCCCCCCUCAUCCAGCAGGAGGUUGACCGCAAGGCGGCUGGAUUGCCCUGGGCUGGCGGAAUCGACCUCUCCCGCUAUGAAGCCCCCGAGGCGCCUGCUAAAUCCUCAGAUGGAACACCCGACCUUGAAGGAUGGAAACGGACAUUGCAAAAGGCUUACACCGCCAGCUCCCAUCUAUCGAUGAGACACGAGAACCUGGCACUGCUGGAGGAGAACGGAAAGAAUGCUUGGCUUAUUGGCAAUUCCCAGCUGGAAGACAUACUACGGGGGCUUGAGAAGGAGCUGGCCGAAGUGAAGGAGGCUGCGGACACGGUGAACAAGGAGAGAAAGCUCGCCCAGGAAGCCCACAAGGGGGAGAUUGUGGGGUUGGAGGAGUCAUGGAGACGAGGCGUUGGUGCCAUUCUCGAUGUGGAAUUGGCUGCAGAGGGCCUGCGUAUGCAGAUCCUUGAGCAAAGGCGCCAACUGGCGCAGCAGCAUGCGCAGUAA